AUGCCGGCGCUGGCGUCGCCCGUCUUCACGUCCAACCUGCAGGCAGGGCGGCCGGGCAACUACAACUUUGGGUUCGUUGCGCGCAACGAGUACACGGGGCGCAUUGGGUACACGCCAGUGACGAAGCGCAACCCGUACUGGGAGAUCAAGGUCGACGGCACGCAGAUUGGCGGCGGCGAGUAUAACAAGACGACGACGCUCGACCGCGUGAUUGUCGACACGGGUACGACGCUACUCAUGCUGCCGGACGAGCACGUCGACGCGUACUACGACCAGGUCGAGGGGGCGCGAUUCAGCCCGUCGUGGGCGGCCUACCUGUUCCCCUGCGAUGCCACGCUGCCCGACUGGACGUUUGGCCUCGGCGACUAUCGUGGCAAGGUGCCGGGACGGUACGUGCGGUACAACCAGGUCAACGAGACGCACUGCUUCGGCGGCAUCCAGAGCUCGGCUGGCAUCCCAUUCGCCAUCUUUGGCGCUGCGCUACUGAAGGCACAGUUUGCCGUUUUCGACUAUGUGGAAGCCGACCGCGAGGGUGCAGCCAAGGGGUUGGCUUCGCGAAUAAGCCGUUGA